UUAAGUUUCUAUUUCACUUCCGUCAACAAAAUGGCAGGUGACUCUUGGUUAUCGGACUAUGACAACUGCGCCCAGCUAGGCCAGCAGAUUAUGGUGAAGAUUAACGAGAGAAACAAGAAUCAAAGAACCAGUUCAGCUUACACUAAGUUAUCUGCCCAUGUCAGGACAUCGAUGAAACAAUUUUCCGGUGAUGUAAACAAACUGCGCCAGAGUUUAUUGAGAGCAUCAUCAUCUUAUCACAUCACCCAGCGUGAGGUGGAGCGGAGACAGAUAAUGAUUGACAGCUUGACCACCAAGGAGAAACAGCUUGACCAGGCCUUCAGAAACGAGUCCGGAUCCUCCAGGAGUUCAUUACUGGGUGCUGAAACAUUUAGUUCUAAUGAUCCCUGGGGCAUGAGUGAUGAACCGGAACAGUUCCGUGGUGUUGGCAAUGCAGAUAUUCAGACUCAACAGCAAGAUGUUAUUAGAGAACAAGACGAGGGACUGGAGGCACUGUCACAUGUCAUCUCCAAACAGAAACAGAUGGCUGUGGACAUUGGAAACGAAGUGGACGACCAGAACAUACUGAUUGAUGACAUCACUGACCGCACGGACCGGACAGGUGACCGGCUCAUGAAGGAAACGAGACACAUUAAAAUAGUCGACAAGAAGUCAGCUACUUGUGGCUACUGGGUGGUGAUAAUCUUACUGUUUAUUGCCAUGAUAGUGAUAGUAGCUGUGCCUUACCAUGGGAAAGCUUGAUCUUAGUCAGAGUUUGGUACUGGAUUUGCAAAAUACUACCUUGGACUAUUUAAACAUGUAUUGAUGUAAUAAUACUAAGAUGUCUCGACAGGUUGAUCAUUGUGCAAUAACAGUCAACAAGAAACAGCUGAUGAAGCUAGGCAUUGUUUCUGUAAUAAGUCAUACAUUUGUGUUUCAUUCAAAACUAAAAAUGACCCUACAGAGUUUUAUAACAUCUACCCUAAUACCCACCCACACCCCCAACACCACAAAAAUGGUUAACUUAUCUUCCAUUCAAUUUAAAAAAAAAAACCCCACAAUAUAAUAAAUAAUGUUUUUUGUUAAAUUGAAAUAUUUCUUAUGAUGUAUAAGCAAAUUUAUAUAUAUAUAUAUAUAUAUAUAUAUAUAUAUAUAUAUAUAUAUAUAUAUAUAUAUAUAUAUAUAUAUAUAUAGUUAUCAUAAUCAAGAAUUAUUGUAUAUCUUGUAUUUUGUUUCUCUCUCUCCCCAACAUCCACGUUUUAUUUAUUUUUUUAUUCUUAAUAUUUAGUGUGUAUAUUUUCACUGCAUAUAUGGGACUGUUAAUAGUCCUGUAUACAAAUCGUGGACGCUGGAUGCUGUGAAUUAAUGUUUUAUACUGUCCAAAUCACACUGUUCAAAUGUGUGCAGGUGAUUAAAACCGCGCCGACUUACACACUGUUAUUUCAUCGUAUUUCAUCAUACUGUUCCAGUUUUGUAUGCUGUUAAUAUGUUAUAGUGGACAAUGUACAAAUGGUAUGGUGACAGCAAAUGGCAAAACUGUGUAAUAUGUAAGAGUUAUUAUAUUUCUAAACAUGAACCUGUAAAAUAAUGUUUAGCUGUACCAUACAUAAUGUAACUGUGUAAUUAUGAAGAUAUGUUAUUUUUCAUAAUAGAUGUAUGUAAGUACAUCA